AAAAAAAAAAAUCACAUAUAUUUAUGAUCAAUUAAUAUUGUUAGAGAGAGUAUAUAAAGAAAGAAGAUUGCCGUGCGUGCGAGUUUAGAUAGAUAGAAGAUAGUUAGAGUGUGCGUUUUUUGUUUCCAUCUUCAGCACAACCGUUUCUGCCAAUCUUCCUUCACUUUUCCGCCUCAAAUCUGCUCUGGAUUUAGGGUUUACGAAGUUGUAUUAAUUAGCACAAGUGAAUCCACGCCUGAGAUUCCGCCGCAGGUAUAAAUCACUCAGAUUCUCUUCCCUGUCCGAACACCAGAUCUCCGAAAAUGGGGUGCCUCGAAAAAUGCGGCUCCAGCGUUGUCCGGAGCUCCUCCUUCGGCCGGAAGAGAGUCGCCGCCGACAUGGAAUUCGAGAGCGCCGCCGCCGCCGGAAAGAGAUUCGCCGGCCAAUCACCUCUCGAGAGUUUACCUCAGGAACUUCUGAUUAGGAUCGUGUGCGGUGUGGAGCACGACGAUUUACAGAGCUUGUUGUCUGUAUCGAAAGCACUCAGAGAAGCGGCGUUGGUUGCGAAGCACGCCCAUUUUGCAUACAGAACGCCGAGGAAGAAGAGUUUGGGGUGGAGGAACACGGGCGUGUUGGGGGAUUGGGAGGACGUGGAGGCGCCGAAUGCUCCGAAACAGACGCGGGUUUCGGCGUCCCGACUGGGUAGUGGGAAGAAGCUGGCAGAUAUUUCGGUGGCCCUCUUUAAGGAUUUGGUUUUGGAACUUGAAAAUUAACUGCCUAACUAACUAACUAACUAACUCGAGAUUCAAUUAGGUCUUCGGAUUGUCCGAGGAUUUCUGAUCAUAUGCUAAUCCCAUUAUAUAUCUACAUAUGUAUGAUUUGUUGUUGAGGAUGUCUGUCUGUCUCUGCCUGUAGAUUGUCGAUGUCAUGACAUUGAAAAUCUGGUUGGAUUUGGAAGUCUGUUGUUGUAAGUUUCACUUCGGGCCAGACAAAAUAAAAGUUAGUUCACGACGACAAUGAUAUGCUUUUGUGCUUCUUGAGGAUUUUUUUUAUUGUUUAUUUAUUUAUUUAUUUGUGUUUGGUUGAUGUCUGCUUUGUUUAU